AGUAUAUAGUUUAUGUAUAUGGUUUAUGAAACAUCUCUUUAGAAGAUUAUGUGUUCUUUCUCUAUUUUACAAGUAAUGAUGUUUUAUUAAAGUGGUUCCAUCGCCAAUAUAAUUACACUACUACUUCUUUUGAAGCAAAGAUGGAAUCAUUUGCUACAAGACACAAACGUUGUAAGAGUGAGCAAAGAAUCUAUGAACACAAGAGCACCAUUACAGCUUCCCAACAUCUAAAGUAUAAAGAGGUAAACAAUCGCAAAGAAGCUGAAAAAAUGCAGUUCCAGAACACCAAAGAAUUGCUGAAUAAAGAGAUUCUACAGCUUGAGAAGGAACUCAAGGAUCAGUAUAUCAUACGGAAAGAAUUGGAGAAAGCAAUCGUUGAUCAACCUCUUUUACAUGAUCCAACUAACGAAAAUUCACUUCUAAAGCCUGCUAAUGAUCUGAUCAAGGAGAUAUCGAUACUGGAAUUUGAAGUUAAGCAUUUGGAAGAGCAUCUUCUUUCACUAUAUCGUAAAGCUUUCCAAGAAUAUGUAAUUCCAGUAUCAAAGGAACCUAUUGAAGAUUCUUAUGUCCAGCGCAGCCACUCUUCGCUUUCGUUGAGAACAAAUCUUCCUGAAAAAAUUGUUCAAGAAGUCCUAGAUUCGUCCCAUUCGUUGCCAUUAGCAAUGCUAGAGCGUGCUACAGAUGAUUUAUCAUGUAUUAGUCUAGCUGAGAAUCGUGAUAUCUGUGUGUCUGCAAAUCGUCUUUCUGAGGAUAUGAUUAGGUGCAUUUCUUCCAUUUACUGUCAAUUUACCGAUCUGCCUGUGGUCAAGCAAGGCUUCCUUUCGUCACCUAGUAACUCUUCACCAAGAGACGAGUUUGUUCUGUGGAGCCCACAAUGUGAAGGAGAAACAACAUGGAUACAUAAUGACUCUGAACCAUCAAUGGAAUUUAGUGAGUCUUGCUUAAAUGUGGUUGAGGUGAAAGGUAUCUGCAGAAAUGAUCAUCGAUGGAGUAAAGUUGAGAAUAAAGAACGGAAAUAUCGGUCUCUUGUUUCUCAAUUAGAACAGAUUGAUCCUAGAACGUUGACACGUGAGGAAAAGCUAGCUUUCUGGAUCAAUGUUCAUAACGCUCUCAUAAUGCAUGCAUUCUUGGUUUAUGGAACUCCACGCGGUGCUUUGAAGAGAAUCUCUUUAGUCCUAAAGGCUUCUUAUAAUAUUGGGGGUCAUAAUAUUAGCAUUGGUGACAUCCAAAGAACAAUACUUGGAUGCAGGCUGCCUCAACCAGGACAAUGGCUCCAAUCUUUGCUAUUUCCAAAGCCUAAGUGCAAGUCGAGAGAUGUACAAAAGGAUUUUGCUGUAGAUCACGAACAACCUCUCUUAUACUUCGCUCUUUGUUCUGGAAGUCAUUCUGAUCCCAUGGUACGAAUCUACACGCCAAAGAGCAUUUUCCAAGAGCUUGAAGUGGCUAAAGAAGAGUACAUUUAUACAAACAUUAAAGUACCAAAAGGGCAGAAGUUGUUUCUCCCAAAACUAGUGGAACUAUACAUGAAAGAUUCGAGUUUGUGUAUGAACGGGUUCAUGGAUAUGAUUGAACAUUCUGUGCCUGAGUUUUAUCUAAAGAGCUUCAAGUUGAUUCGAACAGGGAAAUCUUCAAAGAAGAUUGAGUGGGCCUCACAUAACUUCAGUUUUCGAUAUCUGAUUCCAUCAGAAUUUGUUUAAGUAGUUAGGAUUACAUGUUGCGUAUUCGCCUUUAGUUUGGAUGAUUUGGGAGUUUUUUCAGUA